UUCCCUAGAUAGUCAUCAAUCACUCUCAAUCGACCUGUCACCGGCAGGCAGAGAUCCAGCUGGAGAGGGGAGCAGCAGGAGGAGGAGGAGGAGUACAUCAUCAUUAAUUUGAGGAGUGACCCCUGGGGCUAUCCGCGUGUCUCAGCCCGGGAUUCUCCAAGCAAGCAAGGGAAGAAAGAGAGGAAGGUGGAAAGAAAGCAUCCUAGGAGUCUGGGCUUGCCAAUCAAUUGUGAAACAGAGCCGCAGCCUGCGUGAGAGUGGAGACCUGCAGUCUCGCUUCGUUUCUGGAUAUCGGAGGGACCUUUCUACCAUGUCAUAUCCACAAUUUGGAUACCCAUAUUCGUCUGCUCCACAGUUCCUGAUGACCACCAACUCUCUGACCACUUGCUGCGAGUCCACGGGCAGAUCUAUCGCCGACUCCGGAGUUGCAGCGUCCGGCCAAACGCCAGUCUACUGUCCGGUGUAUGAGAGCCGGCUGCUGGCCACGGCGAGGCACGAGCUCAGUUCGGCCGCCGCGCUGGGCGUCUAUGGGAGCCCGUACACCGGCGGUCAGGGCUAUGGGAAUUACGUUACAUACGGCACGGAGGCGUCGGCUUUCUACUCGCUGGGGACAUUUGACACUAAAGAAGGCACAGCUUCUGCGCAUGCGGGUAUCACUCAAGCAACUGCCUACUACCCCUACGAUCCAACCUUGGGACAGUAUCAGUAUGACAGAUAUGGGUCCAUGGAUGGGGGCACGAGGCGAAAGAAUGCCACCCGCGAGACCACCAGCACCCUGAAGGCCUGGCUGCAGGAGCACAGGAAGAACCCGUACCCCACCAAGGGGGAGAAGAUCAUGCUGGCCAUCAUCACCAAGAUGACGCUGACGCAGGUCUCCACCUGGUUCGCCAACGCCAGGAGGAGGCUGAAGAAGGAGAACAAGAUGACGUGGCCGCCCAGGAACAAGGGGUCAGAGGAGAAAAGAUACGAGGACGACGAGGACGGGUCUCAGGAGGAGCAAAUAAAAAGCGAGAAUAACGAUGAUGAGACCAGAAGUCGGACGGAUAAGGACCUCCAGCUGAGCGACCUGGAGGACUUUGAGGCGCUGGAGUCUGAGAGCUCUGAGUGCGAGCUGAAGCACCGGUACCACAUGAACACGCACAUGUCCACCGACUGCUCCGCCGAGCAGCUCAUCAAGAGCGCCUCUCUGAAGCUCUCCAUGCCCGUGCCCCUCGAGCAGGACUUGGGCAAAAGUUGUCUCAAGUCGAACCCGGAGGACUUCCAGGCGGAGAGCAGGCAGCAGCAGGUCAAGUCGUGUUAUAAUAAUAACGGCGCGCAGCAGCAGCAGCAGCACCAGCUGUUGGACGGAAAGCCUCGGAUCUGGAGUUUGGCCCAGACCGCCACGUCCCUGAACCAGACUGAAUACCCGUCCUGCAUGCUGCGGUGCCAGCCUCCGCCGCCUCCGCCCUCCUCCUCCUCCCUCACCCCGUCCCCCGCCGCCUCCUCCUCCCCAGCGGCCGGCCCGGACAGCAGCAGGCAGCAGGACUCGCCGGUCACGACGCUGAGGAACUGGGUGGACGGGGUUUUCCACGACCCCCUGUUCAGGCACAGCUCCGGUCUGAGCCAGGCUCUGAGCAGCAGCAGCAGCAACAACAGCACCGUGUCCUGGACCACGAACACCAAAGGCGCCAUGCUGGAUGCGGCAGUCUUGCAACAGCAUCAGGACCCUCCAAAAGACAUGAGCUUCCCAAAAACUGUCAACAAACUCUUUUGCUCCUAACAGAACCAAACGACACUUUUCAGACUUUUGUUGUUGACUGAAAAUCAAGUGGAGAAACAUGAUCCCCUAAUGUUUUUUUUUAUUAUUAUUUUCUUAAUUAUUAUUAUUUUCGAACCAAAAACUGUUACAUUGGAUAGGAGCGGAGGGAAAUAGCCGGACCAUUUUUUUUAAAUUUAAUUUCUUCAAGGCACGCACAAUUCCAAUGACGAUAUGACUAACUUAUCAUUUGAAAACGUGGGAUAUAGGGGAAGAAAUGUUGAGAUCUACCGGGUUGUUUCUGUUCGAGCUUUCUUUAAUAUCCGCAUGCAAAUGUAACUGAUUAUUAUUUAAGACUCAGCUAAAGAGAAUCACUAUUAAAAAGGAGAGGGAAAAAAAGUCACAAAUGCACUGCUCUCUGAGGAAAGUGAAUGGGAGCGUUUUGUUCACGUAAAAUAAAUAAAUAAAUAAAAAGCAGAGAACAGCG